AAGUUUCUCUAAGGAUGUCUCAACUGCACGUUCAAAACAAAGCUAGUUAGAAAAAGCCUGAGUCUCUUGUCUGGAAACCCGGCCAUAUUGCUUGUAGCAGUAGCACCAUGGUGAGUUUACAAGUUACAUGUGCCAGCCUCUGUGCUGGUACGCUGUUGAUUGCAUGGUUGCUACACUGGGUAUACAAAUGGAUGAAUCCCCCAUGCAAAGGAACUUCUCCACCUGGUUCUAUGGGUUUACCUAUUGUUGGUGAGAGCAUUCAGUUCUUCAAAAUCAGCUAUUCUCUGGACAUCCCAGAUUUCUACAAGCUAAGACUGAAAAGGUAUGGUCCGAUUUUCAAGACAAGCUUGGUGGGACAGCCUCUUGUUGUUUCUGCAGAUCCGGAGGUCAACAGGUUCAUAUUUCAGCAAGAAGGUAAGUUGUUUCGGAGCUGGUACCCUGAGGCAGCAAAUAUAAUCAUUGGCGAGGAGACUAUCGAUGGAUUUCAUGGCCCUCCCCACAAGUUCAUCCGGAAUUCCAUUUAUAAAUUAUUUGGCCUUGAAUACCUCAAGCACAACCUUCUUCCUGAACUAGAGGCUGCCAUAAGAGACAACUUUGCAGAAUGGGCCACUAAAUAUGUCAUUGAUGUUCAUGAUAGCACCCCGGAUGGGUUGAUAUCAUUCCCACUAUAUGUCCCUGGAACAACAUUUUACCGAUGCAUGCAGGGAAGGAAAAAUAUGCAGAAGAUAAUGUCAGAUUUGCUAAGCAAGAGGCUAACGAGACCAGAUGUAAAGCAUGGUGAUUUUCUUGAUCUAAUUGUAGAAGAGCUUCAGAGUGGGAAGCCAACAAUAGAUGAAAAAUUUGCUACAGAUGCAUUAGUUGCACUCCUGUUUACUAGCUUUGUAACAUUGGCACCCAUCCUCAUCUUGGCAUUCAAGUUUCUUGGGAACAAUCCGAAAGUUCUCAAAGCUCUCAAGGAGGAGCAUGAAGCAAUAGUGAGGAACAGAGGCGAUGCAAAUUCUGGGUUCACAUGGGAGGAAUACAAGUCACUAACAUUCACAACUAUGGUUGUGAACGAGCUUACCAGAAUGAGUAACGCCACACCAGGGGUUUUCAGGAAAACUGUGACGGACGUGCAACUGAAUGGUUAUACAAUUCCAACUGGUUGGAUGGUGAUGGUUUGCCCCAUGGCAGUUCAUCUAAACCCGGAAGUUUUUGAAGACCCUCUCACCUUUAACCCAUGGAGGUGGCAGGAUGAGUCUCAACGGAGCACACUGUUGAAGAAUUUUAUGCCAUUUGGCUUAGGCAUACGGACUUGUCCAGCAGCAGAUUUUAGCAAGCUUUUCACUGCAAUUUUCCUUCAUGUGUUGGUCACAAACUACAGAUGGAAGGAGAUAAAUGAUGGGGAAGUGGCCCGCAUGGGAGUGAUCAUUUUCCCAAAUGGGUACAAAAUUCAACUCCUCCGAUCCCAAGGACCCGAUCUACCAUCAGUGUAUUGAAGAUACUAUCUUGAUAUGAAACUGUAAUUCCUGGAUGCUUGUAUGGUGUGAAAAAAUGUGUACAUGGCGCGUGUGCACCAAGAUUGGUCUGUGGAUGUCUCCAAAUAUUUAUCCAUUUAUAUGAAUAAGAAUUGUAUGGGUAAACAUUAUUAUUUUGUGUGUGCGUGUGCGUGUGUAAAUCAUGAUUGUGUACGAAUGCUACAAGUUCUUUUAAUAAAAGCAGUUAUUCUUAUGUAAA